AUGUACAAUGGUCGAACAGACCCUGUAGAGCACGUAAGCCAUAUUAACCAGAGAAUGGCUAUGCACUCCAAGAAUGAGACUUUGAUGUGUAAGGUGUUCCUCUCCAAUUUAGGGCCCGUGGCCAUAAGGUGGUUUGAUAGUUUAAGAGAAAGUUCCAUUGAUUCCUUUAAGGAACUCACUCGGACGUUUGGAUCUCGCUUUAUUACAUGCAAUUGGGUUCCUCGACCCUUAGAUUCCUUAUUGUCUAUGGCCAUGCGAAAAGGGGAGACCCUGAAAAUGUACUCAGAUAGAUACUGUAAGAUAUUCAAUGAGAUCGACGGGGAUUUUGAUGAUGUGGUUAUAAGGACUUUCAAGGUCGGUCUGCCUACCGAGCAUGAUUUGAGAAAGUCCUUGACCAAGAAGCCGGUAAGGAGUAUGCGUCAGUUUAUGGAUCGUAUUGAUGAAUACAAGCGGGUUGAGGAAGACCAACAGUAA